GAGAGAGAAGAAAAACUAAAGGGCUAUAUUUAUAUAUGGCAUCGGAGCUGAUCUUCCGAGGUCAGGAGUCACAGCCUGUGACGGACGCGUACACCCCGAAGCCGGCGAAACCGUGGCUGAGUUUGAAUCGGUCAAUUAGUUACAUGCUGCGUGAGCAGCGUCUGGUUUUCCUUUUCGCCGGCAUGGCCAUCGCCACCUUCAUCUUUGCCCUACUCCCGUCGUCUAAUCCUCCUUACAGCCAGGGCUACGACACGAUCUCCGCCUCGCACUUGCGUGCUCACCCUCACGCCCGCCUCAUGUAUCAGAAGCGCAUUCGAUUCGAGGCGUUAAAUUCUGGCGGGAAGAUUCCGCUGGGCCUGCAACGGAAGGGUUUGAGGAUCGUCGUGACCGGUGGUGCAGGCUUUGUGGGGAGCCAUCUGGUGGACCGUCUAAUCGCGAGAGGCGACAGCGUCAUCGUCGUGGAUAACUUCUUCACCGGCCGGAAGGAUAACGUGAUGCACCAUUUCGAGAACCACAGGUUCGAGCUAAUCCGACACGACGUCGUAAAGCCGCUUCUGUUAGAGGUGGACCAGAUCUACCACCUGGCUUGCCCCGCAUCGCCCGUUCACUACAAGCACAACCCCGUCAAGACUAUCAAGACAAAUGUGGUCGGAACUCUGAACAUGUUGGGAUUGGCCAAGAGAGUGGGCGCGCGGUUUUUGCUAACAAGUACCAGCGAGGUGUACGGUGAUCCUUUGCAGCAUCCUCAGAAGGAAACUUACUGGGGAAACGUCAAUCCUAUUGGUGUGAGGAGCUGCUACGAUGAAGGGAAGCGAACUGCAGAAACACUGACCAUGGACUACCACAGAGGAGCUGGUGUUGAGGUGAGGAUUGCCAGGAUAUUCAACACAUACGGUCCCCGAAUGUGCAUUGAUGAUGGUCGUGUUGUCAGCAACUUUGUUGCUCAGGCCUUAAGGAAGGAGGCAAUGACAGUUUAUGGUGAUGGGAAGCAGACAAGAAGUUUCCAAUUUGUUUCAGAUUUGGUUGAGGGACUGAUCCAUUUGAUGGAAGGAGAUCAUGUUGGUCCUUUUAAUCUUGGGAACCCCGGUGAAUUCACAAUGCUGGAACUUGCUAAGGUGGUCCAGGAAAGCAUUGAUGCAAAUGCUGAGAUAGAAUUCAGGCCCAACACAGAGGAUGAUCCUCACAUGAGACAGCCUGAUAUCUCCAAGGCCAAACAACUGCUUGGGUGGGAACCCAAAGUGGCCCUUAGGAAGGGUCUCCCUAUGAUGGUACAAGACUUCAGGCAACGCAUCUUUGCUGACCAAAAAGACCACUCUACUACUACUACUACUUCCAUACAAACACCAUAGCUUCUCAGAACAUUAUACUUCAUCAGUGGCAGAGCCCAGAGCCCAGAGCCAUAGCCUCACCUUCCCAAUAUACUUAUCAUAAUCAUAGUUUCUUGAUUCUAGUUGUGUAACAUGCCCCUCGAAUGUGAAUUUUGAAAUGUUGUUUUAGUACUCGGGGAUGAGAUUCUUUAAUUCAAUUAUAUAGAUUUUACAGAAUAGAUAUUAAUCUCUAGCA